UAACUACAAACAACUUCGUUUGUAACGGGUUGGGGAGCGGAAUUAUACUGCUCUAUUUGGCGCUAUCAGGCUUAACAAAUUAGUGCGCACAUUGUAAUAAAGAAUAAUCGUCUUCGCCCCCGCCCAUUUUUCCUCUCCUUGGGCUAAUCUAAUUCGCUUAUUUUUUUCGCUCAGCCCAAGUUGCAGUGCAACAGUUCCAUAGCUCCGCUCACCGCGUUGGCCUAUCAGACUGUCAGCCUGUUCAAACAUUAACGAACUUCAUUGAUUGAAACAGACGCAAUUAUUUAGUUAUAAUAAUUUUGUUUUGUGGUCCCCAGUUGCACUGACUGAUCUCACCCCCAUAAUCUAUUAUAGAUACUCUGCUACGUUCGUCCCAUCGAUAUGUUUUAACAGUCCUGCUGCGAUUAUCUCAUCAGUAUGCCUCGAGUGAAGUAGAGCAUGUUUUCGUUCCAGAUCCUAACAGAAGAGCCAUCCGGUGGCGCGAACUGUUUUAUCUUAUCGUAGUUACCCCUAUUUUUUACUUUGAAGCCGUUAUCUUACCAUCGCUGAUCCGGUAAUUGGCUGGACUAACCUUGAUGCUCUAAUCGUAUCAUCGCGUUUUCCCAUCGAAGUGUCCCUGUAGUCCAUCCACUUGAUUGCAAUUAGCCCUUCUUCCCUUAGUCGUCCUUGGGUGACUAAUUCGCGAGUGAUCCAUAAGCUUUGGCCCGUGCCGGCUUUAUUAUUGGUUACACUCGUCCUAUCACGUUCUCGAAUUGGAAUAUACGUACAAUCCGGUUUCCAGGCGAAUCGUUCCAUUCAUAUUAGAUCCAUCUCUCGUGAUAAACUUUUGCCUGACUAUAGACCAACACUUUUCAGGGCAUCCAAGGUUGCAAUUGUCAUGAGACCUUACUAUAUGAAUCCCGCUCUGCUUGGGAUCCCGUCCGCAAUAGGAUCAUUGCGGACGAAUGAAAUCUUCUUAGUAUGGUCAAUGUUCGCUACGUUUACGUAUAGAAAGCUGUCCUGCUGCAACAGUUAUGAUUUACCGUCGGAAUUCUGUUUUCAUGUUUAUCACAUUCAUCGUUUCAAUUUUCACAUGAACGCGCCUCGUCUGGCAAUCAAUUAUUGCUAUGAAAUUACUUAAUCUAAUGAAACAUUAUAAAUACGUAGGAAGUGGACAGUGCUCAUCGAUGACGGCGCAACGGCCACAUGUUAGGUGAAGGUUUGACUUCCAACUUCAAGCGUAAAUAUCUGCAUAGAGCGGAAUAUUUUUGUAAGUAUUAGGGACAUAUACAGAUAUCAGCUCAUAUUCUCAGAUGGCCCCUAUUAAAAAACUAUUCACGGAACGGCCUGCUCACGGAAAGGUGAGAGAACAGAUGCCGUUGGCAUAUGACGACUAGGUUUGCCAGUUGCCGCUAGAAUUAAGCUAGUAGAUUUAUACUUAUUUUACUCAACGGGUUGUUUGUGGCCAGCUUUUAGGGUUCCUCCGUCGAACUUGCUCCUCAUUAUCGAUGCUUCUUGUUCUAUUUGCCAACAGCACCGCGUCAUAGUAGUCCAUCGCUGUUGGCACCGGCUAGACGCCUGGAUCUGGCGCAGUCGAGCCUGCAACGUUAGGCUGAGUAAUGAGGCAGGACGAGCAGAGCCAGGACAAGUAGCUCCGAAAACGACGAGUCAAAAAAUCGACGCUACUCUUGGAAUUCGCGUUUCUAUGUCCGUCUCCCGACCCGUCGGUUAGUGUGUCGCUCGGUUUCUGCUGUUAGCGCAGUUCCCCAGAGCAGCAUUACUCUGUUUGUUUAUCAUACUGGCAGUGCAGCGCAGACUUGAUUCCUCGAGCAACUCAGGCGCUAACGGUUGCCUACGAAGCUUUGCCAGUUGAUGCGCUAACUGAAGCCGAAGAAUCCCUUUUAAGACUAGAGACGACCAAGUAGGUAUAAGAUGUUCAAUGAGUCUACUUCUGGCAACCGCGAAUUGCCAUUCUGCAACCAACAAAUGAACUUCGAGCUAAAGCAAAAAGCUGUCCAAGUCGUGCUUAUCGGCGGUCGUACAUAACCGUUACAUCAAAGCUACACGCUUCAAGGUUCUGUUUAUCAGUACACGGGAAUUCUAUUAUUUAUUUUAAGGGGUAAAUUUUGGGGAGACACACAGUGGAACGGCUAUUGGUCAUUGCCGAAUAAACAAAAGCGAACGAAGCCUGCCUAUGACUCUGGCGUAAACGACGCAAGGUGGAAAGUUGUCCGUACUUUUAUUCAAUGCAUAAUCCGUACUCGAAAAAUACGGAUUUACAUAUAUAUAUCUAUAUAUAUAUAUUCGGUAGAUUAUAGUUCAACUAGAAAUCUAAACUUAUUUCUUAAAUUCUGAUUGAAAACCGCAGCUUACGUCAGCAUAUCGUACUUUUAUGCUGACUUCCUCAUAACGAGCACACACAGUUCAGCUACUUUGAAUUAAACACAGAUACAAGCACAUUGGUGAUACUCUAGCUCACAAGGCUGCAAUACGCGACACGUUUCCUAAUCUAGGCUUGGAGGCUGGCACUGCUGAUUUAUGUUAUACGUUUCCGAUGUCAGAAUCGGAAAGUUUAGAUCACAAUACAUUGCCGGCCGCUUUUUUUGCUAGUACAAAAUAGGGCAAAUCUUCAUUUCAUUGCGGCAUCGACGAACAAUUCUGGAAAUAGGAAGUUAUCUUGCGCAUGUCUUUACUUUUACAAUAAUUCUGAGUUACUGUGUUAGUUCCACCUUUCUUUCCAAAGAAAAGCAUUUUAGCCCGCCUCGAUGGCUCUCUGUUGCUAAAGUCGCAAAACGCAUCUUGGACAACCUGCCUCUUUCAAGACUAUCAGGAAGGCUUCACUACUGAGAAAGCACCUAAAAACUGUCGCGCAAAACUAAACACCUUUAAGCCCCAAGUUAUCAGUCAGCCUGUGAAGUUCAAGUUUGUUGAUCAUUCAUAUGGACAUGGGGGCGAAUUGUGUUUAGCCGCAAUUCACUGAGUGCGUUUCUCGAGGGAAAUAAAUAUGUAAAAUCGCAACACCUCGUCGUAGAUCUUUACCCUCCAAUUUACCAUGCAAAAGUGGACGUUCUAAUGCAACUCACGCUUUAAAGUAAGCUCGCACAGUCUAUCUACCAUUAGCCAUUUACCGACCCAAUAUCUGUUCCGCGAUUGAUCGAAAACCGUUUCAUUGAGGAGCAUGACCGAGGUCCAAAAUUAAGUGAGUCAUUUUUGACUUGACAGCAUCGCGAAGUGUCUUGUUAAGACUUCUCACAUAGAUUGUCCUUAUAAUAUAUGUCAGUUCGUUGCUUGUUUGCUGAGGCUGUAGGCUUCAAGUAUCUCAUCUAAGGUGCUAACCUGGAGGAUGUGAUCUUUUGAAGAACACCUUGAAUCUGCCAUUAUGACAAGCCAACAGAUAUCCUACAGGAGAGGUUCAGCUUCGUGACGGAAUGGCGUCGCCGUUGGUUUUCUCUUGGCUACAACCCAGUCAGUCGAAUUACACCGACUGUGUCUUUACAGUUUGAGUUUCAGUUCUUGCCAGCCAUUGAUCCGUUCAAGGGCAGACCGACCGGCUUCUGCUAUACUCAAGUCCACGGCGUUUCCCACGCGCGUCUCCUACUAGUUAGUUACCACACGGCGACGCUAAUAGUCUAUUUGCCCGCCAGUUUCAACCGGGUUGUUAUCCUAAAGGGUAUCUCUUUAACGACCAUUUAAAGUAGACAAAUCAAAACUAGUUUCCCGUAACUGUGGGUAGCCUAGGACACUACCUUGAAAUGUCAAUUUGGCCACGUCUAUAUUCACGUUGGCGCGGCGUGCCUGCCUUUACACCAUAGAACAUGUAGAACGAGUUUUAUGAGCUCGCCGAGCAACGGCACCGUUCACUUGCGUAACACACCUAUUCGAUAGAAUAUUGAUUUUGUGCUCCUACGCACAAAGUAAGAAUCAGAACAUUAAGGUAAAAUAGCAAUAGCAGAACUGCUACUAGGGUGUGCAUAGAUGUGAUAUCAUCGCAUUAAUGCAGUAUUCUCAUGUAGUAGUCGAGCAAAUCCACGCUGAAAACACAUCGGGAGCCGAAUGCCUUUAUCAUAUCCCGGAGGACGCAGAUCAGGAGAUUUCGAGAUUGCAAAAGUCGGCCUGUUCUUUUCGAAGCUAGUGGUACUAGCGCGGUCGCAGUCAUUGCGAUCGCCUGAAUAAAAGCGGAAUGAUUCGAAACGUUUUAAAUAUAUAAUACUUGCAACCUUAAUUACACGUAUACGUAUCUAGACACGAGGAUAUUUGCUGAUAACGAUUACGCUACCAUUUUGAAGUCAUCGCCAUAUUUACUGGGUGACUAAAGAGCAGUGUGAAGCUAGGCUUUGUUUCGGUAUCCAUUACGCGUUGACAUAGUCGUAUGGAUUCUAAGGAUCAGGAAUCGCUUUUAGUAAAUCCGUAAAAUAUUGCAGCAAAACGUUUCGACGUCCCAUAUCGUUUCGUAUCAACUUUUACGGUUAGAAGUUAUGUCUUCCUUUGUAUUGUUUAUAUGAGGAAUCGUUGGAAACAAGAGAACAUCUUGUAUCUGGCAUCUUAGUGCAAAAUAUAAAUGAAUUAAUUGUAUAGUUAUCGGAAAUAGGAGUAGGUACAUUUAUUGUUUAGCAAUUUUUCAACCUGCCGUCGCCUGAGAACCAGCGUAGUGCAUUGUGUUCUUUUCCCAUUGAAGGGAGCAUGGUGCCUUCAAAACGUCGUUCUUUCGAGUUUGUUAGGUUUCGUCAGGACAACGACUAAAAUAUACACCAGCAACAAUUGUUUCUGUUUGCGAACUCAAACUUGUAAAAGCUUUUUUUUUUCUUUGUCUAAAAUACCACCCGGAUUGCUUUGACUCACUGGAUGUCAGACUUGCGAUUUUAAACAUAUCUUUUAUUACCAUCCGCCCCGCACGUGGGCACAUUGGGUCAAGCAAAAAAAUCCUGUUCGCCUUUUAUUAUUUCAUCGCCUUUAAAUUUUCAAUGAGCCAGCAAAAGACUGGCGAGUAGACAUUUCGAUAACGGUCUAAUCGAAAACGGGAUCUGUAAUUCGUCGUUGUUUAUUAGGUUAUAUAUUUUUCAACGAGAUUCUUAAACUUUUCAGUCAGUCUUCUUCUGUUCUUAAACAAUUUCACGCUGUCCUUCACGGCUUACCGUGAGCGUUAAACUUAGGAGACAAGUUGAUGCCGACGUUUUAUAAAUCUGUUUCCUUUCAACAUGAACGUAUUUUGAGAGAUAUUUAAAUGCUCAAAAAAUAAACUUCAAUACUUUUAUUCUGUUGCGAUAUAGCGGGAACUGUGAAGCGUAGCAAGAUCUUUACGAAAGUUGGAAUGAUCGAUUUUUCCAUUUUUGUUGGCCUUUUUUCAAUCCAAGAUCCGACCCUUGCUUCUAGUAUCAACCCAAUCUUCGCUAGUGCUAGUGCUAUGUAAUCUUCUAGUUAAUUAAUAUUUCGAACGCGUACAUUUCAUCGUUUCCACAGUGGCUAAUAGUACUAGUCUAUAAGCAGAAAGUUUUAUGUGUUUUCAAAAAAAACUAUCAGAAUUAUCCGAAAUCUAACUAACAUAUUUAAAUUUGUAGUUUGCAAGUCUGGUCCAUGCUUGCGAUCUAGCUUUAGAUUUAUUGUUAAGGCCAUUGUCGACUCAAACGUUAAACGCGUGGAAACCUCAUGAAUCCUUUUGUCACCAACGUACGGCACAGACAGACGUUGUGUUCAAACGGUUAUUUUAUACUAUUAAAAUUUAAUUUAAUUUUAAAGCCCUAAUUCAACUUAUUUUUAAUAUCUAUAUAUUGUACUUCAUUCGUGACACUCUUUGUCAGCUUUUUUCAUCACCGCACAAUGCAUAUUAUUACUCAGGACCAUUUUAAGCUCAAUAAAUUUUCGCUAGACAGAAUGGUUGAUUUUAAAGUUUAAUCAAGUUCAACUUAUUCGAAUAAAUAGCAUGUGUUAUAGAGACAGAGCGAGUUUACGAGACGUUGUUCCACAUUUGUCUUGCUGCGUGUUUGCUACCGUUGAAACUUGCUAUAAUAGGCGAUACAUAUGCCACGUCUCCAUAAUUAAUUAGACAAAUAUAUAGUCUGAUAGGUGAUUUGUUAUAAGCAGGCAGCGCAGAAUGUCGUUCGCAACUAAACAUACCAAAUUUACGUAUGUUUAGGACUUUGUCAACUUUUGCCCUGAACCGUUUAAACAAACCUGUAUUCUCUUUCAACUCGUUUUCAGAUGCUGAUUCCUUCAUCAGAACUUCAUUUGAAACGAGUUUUUUUAGGCGGCAGCGUCCGUGCGUGACUCAUCAUAAACAUGAACAAUACACAAGACUGCUAAGCAGGGCUUUCUCUCGUUUUUUUCAGAUUCACUGGAUUGUACCACCGAAUUUUGACAAUCGCUGCGCCUUAUACACUCUGGUGCAGUUGUUAAAUGAAUUUCUCCCAACCUUUCUGCCUAACUAAUAUAGUUUACUCAAACACUCCUAAGAUAUUCGUACUAGGCUUAGAUUAUGCUUGCUUCACUAGGGUCUGCUGCGGAUCACUUAGAUAUAUUGCAACGUAAAGAAAAUGCGUUUCCGUAAGAAGCUCUUGUGAAUAAUGCUUGAUGAUUUCUUUCUGAUCUCUGUAUUUGUUGCGAUGUUUCGUUUCCAGAUUACGUAGGCCCGCGCUCGAACAUCAUCGUCAUUUGCUCUAACUUGUCGGACAUGACGUGGUUUGACCUAAAGCUAAAACAACUGUGUUUGAAGAGUGAAUUUUGAUGAUUUUAUACAUAACCGAUUGUGCUUACUACUAUGAUUGUGGUUGCUACAACUUGUGAGUGCAGUGCCAAAUAUGAAGUUCAUUUCAGUAAUAUGACGCAGCGGCAAAAUGUACACUCACUGAUAAAAUAUUCUUUCAGGAACUGAUGUUGUCCUUGCUGCCGUUGUUGGUCCCGAUGCCUUGGGCAUUAUAUCAGACGGACCUGGUCAAUUUCGAUGUCCGUACUGCGAAAGGCGUUUCAAUUCACCCUCAAACGCUAGGCGGCACCUUCGAUUACACAAUCCUCGUGCAGAACCUUUUCGUUGUCCUCUCUGCUCUAGAAGUUAUGGUCGAAAGGACACGAUGAAGGCUCAUCUAAAAAUCUGUAGAUUACGUAUAGUCGCUGAGGGUGGUCUGCUUCCUCCAAACGGCAAUACGUUAUGGUUCUACUAAUUUCAACCUUCUGUUAUGAUGCUUAAGGACAUUCUUUUCAAUAUGUUAGAAGGGGUUUGCUAUAAAAGGUGAUGGCAUUUUCUAAAUGAGGCGAAACAUUUAGGUGCAUUUGGCAAUCCAUAAGUUACAUGGUGCUUACGUAUGUAGCGUACACGGCACUGAGCUGACAGCACUGGGACGGUGUAAAUACAACGCGGCCGACGUUCUUAUGAACGAUGUAUAUAUCUAGUAUAGCAUGUAUAUUUACAGGACCCAGUCAUUCUAAAACUGUGUGAUUCGUAAUAACAGGUUUUGACGGACGCAAGCUAACAUCUGAGAAUCAAACUGAUCGUUAUUAUGAUGUUACACUGAUGUGUGUCUUGAACGAAACCUAUGUUAUUCUUAGUCACAAUAACUUGUGGGUAAAAUUCGACGAGAUGACUCAUUUUCGGGGUCGUCGUUUCGGUGCUACCUGCUUUGAUGUUUUUCGUAACUGACGAAGUAACUGUUUACAACAGGCGCGUUGUGGCGGCAUAAUAAGUUGAAGUCUUCGAAGAGCCCCUUAGCAACUUGGAACUUUAGCUGUGGAGUUUCUAAGGUACAUUUGACAUUUUCCUUAUCCCCUAGAUUCUCAAAUAAGUAUACCAUCGAACCCUGUGUUGUGCCAACAUACAAUAUCAAAAAGAAGUCAACUUUAGCAAUCCUAGCAAAAUCUACUUGUUUUUUCGAUCCGAUUUCAGUUGGUUUAGCACAAUGUAUAAUUUUAACUCUGUCAUAAAACUACCUCUGUGUUGUGUUCUUUACGGAGUAGCUCACCACAUCCUCUACGGUGCGAUAAAUCGCGAUGCAACAAAUCACGGGAAAUGUGAACCUUCGUAGCGCAAUGAGAAUUAGAGGGCUCUAUGUUAAACACGUCCAAUAUGGUCGCAAAUGCCUGAUCUGCGAUCGCGUCUUCUACAACAACUCAUCGUUGAGGCGGCACAUGGAGCGACAUGAAACAAUUCGCAAACGCUAUAACUGUCAGGUCUGUCAUAAACGAUUUACACGAAAAGACUACAUCAAAGAUCACAUGAUCAACGUGCAUGGAAUGCUAAUGAUGAGGAGCUCCGACAAGGCGUUGAUUGAGGCGUCGCUGCUUCCUGUUGUCUCGGGUCCUGACGGUGACCUCGACUCGCAGCUGCCGAUCCUGCCAAGCGGUCAUCUUCAUCCAUCAUCGGCAACGACCAACAGCCUCGCCCUUCACGAAUUUAUGAAAUCCGAAGCCAUUCUCUAGAAAUAGAAGAACACUACAAAAUCUGUUAGUAUAUCUCAUCCUCUCUUGCUUGCUAAGCUCUUACUGCCACUGGUGCUUAUUCUCGCGACCUUGUCAUACCGGGCUGGACAAUCACGCGAACACCGCACAAGAAAACUGGGUUGCAGGCAAACUGAACAGCAGGAUCGGUGGCAUCUGUGUUGAUCGAUUCGGCUCGUAGAAAGCAGAUAAAGCUAAGGAAACAUCAACCAAGUUCUUUAGGGCAUCUUUUGGUAAGGGCUGCAAUUCUAUUAAGUAGAGACAAAGGUGUAUAUACAGAAGUACCCUAAGCCACUUGCCCGUUAAGUCGUUAAUUAAUAUUGUAGCGGGCAGUGUGACCGACGCUACAAGUGGCUAACGUUGUACCGGCCAUCACAAACACGAGUGGUCAAUUGAUUAUGUCUAGGAUGUGCUUCAACAUUGGCUAUUUCUUCAAGGAAGAAAAAUGUAAGGAAAGUCAGUGAGCAAUUGUAAGAUGUGUGUGAACAAUUAUACAUAACCAUGGUGUUAGCCUUAACCUGUGGCUUCAAUCAGGUUGAUCGGCACCUCACAUUUUCUGGGUGGCAGUUCUCACUCGGGAUCUCUACCGAUUUAACACAACAGCAGACAAAAAAAACCGGUAUCCUAUCGCGCCGUUAUAAAACUGGUGUAUAACUUGUACCAAACUCAGAGUUGAGGGGGCGCAUUGUCCGUCCAGUAUCUAUUCGACCUAAAAACCCUAUUGAUAGAUUUAAGGACCUAAAUGAAAUUUCCAGUAUUUUUAAAGGAAUCUCACGUUGUGCAAAAACGAAGACGUUAACUACGGAAGCGCUGGUGACUAAUGACGUCACUGCGUAUUGGAGAGUGAAGGAAGUUGUUCGCGCAUGUCACGGUAUGUCAGUGAACAUAACCAGUAUUCCUUUUCCCAUGGGCACGCCAUUGUGGGCAGUAGCGUCUGACAGUAUUCUAAAGACAUAUAAAUACUAGAAUGAUAGCUUAUAUCAAGUCAUAUUGUCUAAGUGUAUAUACUUACGAAGUUGACCGCUGGUUUAGCCGGUUCUGGCGACAGGUUAAUAACAAUUCAAUUCUAUAUUCAAUGAGAAGGCAGUCAUAAUAGAUCUUCUACGUUACUACCAUCCAACCAAUUUUGUUUGUCAAGUUCAGCGGUGUAAACAAAAUGUCUACGUACGAGACGUCAGCCUAUAUAUAUUCUAGUAACGAACGGACGAACCGAUGUGCAUUCAAUUAAUGCGGGAUACAGGGGGAUUAUUUGGGCAUUACGCGUGAAUCUCUAGUCCUGUUCUAGAUGAAUGUGGGGUGAAAUUGUCAUUUUUAUAACCUAUAAUGGCGACAUACCCUGCGUAUCACGGUAUCAUCUCUGCGGGAUGUAAUACUUAGCAUUUCGACCUGCAACAAAAUCAUACGAAGAGUAAUUAAUUAUUAUGAUGGGGGUCUCGCGACAUUAGGCGCAUAUCAUCUGCUGCUUUCUAAUAGAACAUUGAACCGACGCCGUACAGUAUAUUACCGAAUCUUCGAUGGUAACCCCGUGUUAACAACUCAACCGUUGAGUACCACUUAAAAAGCAGUAGUCAAACGAAGGCUGCUAGAGGCGAACGGAUGUCGCGGACGUCGCAAUUUAUCAGACAUGGCAUACGACUAUGUAGCUAUCGGUUUCAAUCUUAUUUUUCUGUCGUUUGAAAAGCCUAGGCAGAAGAGUAGUUAUUAUGAAAGUUAUAGCUCUAGACCUUAUUCAAGUUCAGCGCCGUUCUAGUGAGCUUGCAGGUGAAUGGAAAGCAAGAAGAAACUUAAAUGGUUCCGGUGCUUUCCCUUGGGGGUGUAAAAAAUCACAUAGGUACUUCUUCCAUAUAAAUAUUAUCCUAUUGUUCCUUUUUUCGUACGUUUGCCCUGUUUACCCGAGGUGUUCAAGCGUCUUGGCGCGACAAGAUGUGUCGUUGUAUGUAUUCGACGCUUUCGUGUGUGUUGCUGCUUCGUGAGACACGCCUGUACUUGUGUUCAGCUCCGACAUCUUUACGACUCUACCUCAUUCUCUCUGUAUGUGCAUGCUUUUGAUUUUCGAACGAGCAAGAAAGAUAACAAAACGGACCUACCUCGAUGCAGAAAAAAGACUAUUUGACGAUGAUGGAAACCACGAUCCGACAAACUGAAGCGUCAAAUCGAACACAUCACUACUAUUCAACACACAUUCGUCACCCGUUUUUCUAAACGUAAAUUCAGGAUCUAUUCAAUUGCGUUGGCCCUACGAGCCAAUGAAAUCGUCCUCGUGAUGGUGAUGAGGGUAGCAAAUGGAAAAACUGGAAUUUUUCAAACGGACGCUGUACAUGGCCGUCGAAACUGGGCGUCACUUAGCAAAGCGACCCGUGCAUUCUCUCCUAAUCAUUGUACGAAGUCCAUUUUGUUCGUAGCGUUCUGUGACGAUUCAAAAAUAUAGCAAGCCCGUUAGAUUGAUCGACUUACCUAUGAAAACAAAAGAGAUCAAACAGCCAAGGGUUAAAUGACGUUGAACGAAUAAUAAUAGACAUGUUAUUAUUACUGUAGUCAAUUGCAAGUUGCCGCUAUUGAGGAUAGUCGAAGGGGAACUGUGAAAGUGAACAGAAAUGAGGAAAUUCGUUCCGGUGAACGACGUCAACGUUUUCCGACCUCAUUGUACCGAAACGAUGUUCGGCUAAUGUUUGGAGCCGAGACAAUCAUUCUUUUUGGGGUGCGAACGUGUUACUUUUGUAUUGUGUUCGACACUGCAUUAUUACGAAAGUGAAACCCAUGUAUGUCAUUGUUAGGUUGUAGCAUUCGAGGCUGUGUCAAGGUAGCCUCGUUUGUUUGUAGGUACGUUUGGACGUAUGCAUGCGAGCGUGAUUGGCAUAUAAUUGUGUGUAUCGAAGAUAACGUUCAGUAACAAAGAAGAGUGUACGACUUCAAUGGGUCGACAGAGAGAAAAUCAAGAACACUUCGCACCCAUCAAACCCAAACUGAGUUGUGCUAGUCCGACAUGUAACAUAGUUUCUAGGUAAACAACAAGGAAGUAUAUAUAUGCGACAGAAAAAACAGAGAGAUGAAUGCUUAUAAUUGGAGAAGUAGAAACUCCGUCUGAGAAAAGGACGUGUUUACAUAUAUAUUGCGAUGAUAAUUUAUCACCAUAGUGAUGAUGGUGACGACCCUGGUGUGAAAUACGUACUGCUAUUUUUGAGAUACAUCGAACAGUCGACAGCGUGUAAUGUACGACAUAAGAUAUCUAUAUUUAAAUAUAGCCUUGCGUAAGUGUGAGUAUUAGGUUGGUCGAAAACCAAAAUUGUCCAGAAGCUGCUAGAUAGGCCACGUAGAACACUUUCGGCUAAUCUAAUAUAUCGUCAUUUCGAUUACAAGUUAUGAUAUCGAUAGUUCAUAACUUUAAGAUGUUAAACUGGAAUUUACUUAUGUUUGAAAGCUAAUUAAUGGUGGUUCUGAAGCAUCUAUUUUUACCUUUU